AUGUCCGCCGCCGAAGAGGAAACUCUCGCUGAUUCCGGUGAUGAUCUCUUGGUCGACGACCUUCCCGAAGGACUAAUCGAUGACCUCGCGAGCUCCCCUGACCAUCCUGCUGCGAAGAAGCCCUGCAUAGACUCCGAUGCUGGCCCUGCUAGCUUCAACUCCCCCUCCACCUCCGAUUCGGCGCUGGCGCAGCCCGCGCGGUCCCCUGUGCUCCUCGCUGCUGCUGCUGCUCCCACAUCGCCUCUGCAAAGCCCCGCACCCUCUCUGGCAGCAACUGCUGCCGCCCCCAACGCCCCGGUUCUUCGCGCCGCUGCCUACGCGACGGUCGCCUCCGGCGCUAACCCGGCUCCCGCGCUGCCCGCCUCGCUUUUCGCCUCAUCCGCGCCGGGCGGAUCCCCCCGCAACCUCCACCGCGCGCGCACUCCCGCGGCCACCCCGAUGCUCCUUCCGCUUCGCUUCGCCGCCGCGUGGUAG